AUGCCGAAGCAGAUCCACGAGAUCAAGGACUUCCUGCUGACGGCGCGGCGGAAGGAUGCGCGGUCGGUGCGGAUCAAGCGGGCCAAGGACGCCGUCAAGUUCAAGGUGCGCUGCUCCAAGUACCUCUACACCCUCUGCGUCCACGACGCCGACAAGGCCAACAAGCUCAAGCAGUCGCUCCCGCCAGCUUGUUUCAUGAUUAUAUCACAAGCUCUUUGGAAAAACAUCUAUGCUCUGUUCAUUCUUGAACCUCUGAAUGAUAGAGGAUAUACUACAAGUGAUAAAUUAGAGGAUAGUCUGCAUAUUCAGACUUGGGUCAACACAGUGCGAUCCUCAUCGGCCGGGGCCGGAAGCCAGUCAAGCGUCGCGGAUGAACCGGAGGCUGCAGAAUGGGCCUUGCAGGAUUUCUACACUUUGCGGAAGGAUGUUGAGUUGGCUCUUGAGCGUGUCAAUGAAGUCAGGCAGUCUGCCGGUUUGGAACAGCUUGAGGAGGAUAUCGCUGCGCUUGAGAAGAAGUCCACUGAUAGUUCCUUGUGGGAUGACCCUUCCAAGGCACAGGAGAUACUUGUUUCUCUGACAGAGCUCAAAGACAGAGUAAAGCUUCUCAACGAUUUCAAGUUACAGGUUGAAGAAGCUGAGACUAUUGUCAAGCUUACUGAAGAAUUAGAUUCUAUAGAUACUGGUCUUCUUGAGGAGGCCUCAAAGAUUAUAAAGGCAUUAAAUAAGGCAUUAGAUAACUUUGAGAUGACACAGCUUUUUUCUGGACCAUAUGACAAGGAAGGUGCUGUAAUUAAUAUUUCUGCUGGCGCUGGUGGCACUGACGCUCAGGAUUGGGCUGACAUGUUACUAAGGAUGUAUGUAAGGUGGGGAGAGAAGCAGCGUUACAAGACGCGAGUAGUUGAGAAAUCACCUGGUGAAGAGGCUGGUAUAAAAUCAGCAACUGUUGAACUAGAGGGAAGAUAUGCUUAUGGCUAUAUCUCUGGCGAGAAAGGGACACACAGGAUUGUCCGUCAAUCGCCAUUUAACGCUAAAGGGCUUCGACAGACAAGCUUUGCUGGUGUUGAGGUUAUGCCUCUUCUACCAGAGGAAUCCAUGGCUGUGGACAUACCUGAAGAGGACCUGGAUAUAAGCUUCACAAGAGCUGGAGGUAAAGGAGGCCAGAACGUAAACAAGGUGGAAACGGCUGUUCGUAUGGUUCAUAUUCCAACUGGAAUUGCAGUUCGUUGCUCAGAGGAGAGGAGCCAGCUGGCCAACAAAAUAAAAGCCCUCAACCGGCUCAAAGCGAAGCUGCUGGUGAUCGCUGAGGAGCAGCGUGCAUCAGAAAUCAAGCAGAUACGUGGCGACAUGGUGAAGGCAGAGUGGGGGCAGCAGAUACGCAACUACGUCUUCCACCCCUACAAGCUCGUCAAGGAUGUCAGGACAGGGUGUGAGACGUCGGACAUCACUGGCGUCAUGGAUGGAGAGCUAGACCCCUUUGUCAGAGCAUACCUUAAGUACAAGCUCACUGCAGCAGCUACCAGCUGA